AUGUAUCGAGACGUCUCCCUGAAGAGUAUUCGAUCACAGGUCGGAAUGGUCGAAGCUCCUCUGGCUGAGGUUAUUUCAUUGUUACGGGAUGCAGCUGGACGGGUCGAAGGCGAACCGGCACAAUUGGUUAAAGAUGCCGUCAAGGUUCUGUCUUCGCAUGAACUCUAUGCUCCAUCAAUUACUCGUUUUCGUGAUACUGACCGUAUUGCUACACAGUAUUAUGAUGGAUUAAUUCGUCUUCAUCAUCCAAGUCGACAACGAAAACGAAGUGUCGUCGAUGCGUACCGCGACAAAAGAGGAUCCCACGGGGAACGACGGCGGGUAUCAGCAGAUGUGAAAAACGCUCUUGAGAAUGACUCCGAUUGGACGUUUGACAUAUUGCAACUGGAGAAAGUCACAGAGAAUCAUGCUCUUUAUCAGCUUGGUAUCAAGAUAUUCGAGCGAUGGAAAGUAGCCGAUUCACUGAGCUGCAACGAGGAUAUACUUCAUCGUUGGCUGUUCACCGUAGAAGCACAUUAUCAUGCCGGAAAUGCCUACCAUAAUGCUACCCAUGCAGCCGAUGUUCUUCAGGCUACAUCAUAUUUCCUCGACUCGCCUACAGUUGCUGGACAUAUCACAGAGAAUCAUGCUAUCGCUGCUCUUCUAGCUGCCACCGUCCAUGAUCUGGAUCAUCCAGGUCGGGGUAACGCGUUUCUCAUCAACACCCGACAAUCGUUGGCAGUUCUUUAUAAUGAUCAUUCGGUAUUGGAAAAUCACCAUGUUGCCUUAGCAUUUCAGCUAACCCUACAGCAGAGUAAUAAUGUAAACAUUUUUGGUAAUCUAUCUAGAGAGGAAUUUACUGCGAUUCGACACGCGAUGGUUGAGAUGGUAUUGGCGACGGAUAUCAGUCGACAUUUUGAGUAUCUUGUCAAAUUCAACAAGAUGAACGUCGUUGAUGUACCAGAAGAAGCUCGUGAAGAUAACUCCUUAACGAUUUGUAAUAUGCUAGUGAAAUGUGCCGAUAUCUCAAAUCCGACCAGAGAAUGGGCACUUUGCCAGAAAUGGGCUUAUCGAAUCGUAGAAGAGUAUUUCGAUCAGACACGAGAAGAACGUGAAAAAGGCUUACCGGUGACGAUGGAAGUGUUCGAUCGAAAGACGUGUAACGUACCACUUACUCAGUGUGGAUUUAUUGAUAUGUUUGUACGUGAGGCGUACGUAAACUUUUCGGAGUUUGCCAAUCUCGGCCAUCUGUCAACUCAGCUCGAAGCCAAUUACGAGCAAUGGAAAGGGUUGAGCUCGUCAUGGACACCUGCCAAUAACUCGACAUUGCUCAUGUGA